UGCUGCAAUUUCUACCUCUUCAGCCACCCUUUAUCUUCCUCUGUGCUCUCUCUGCUCAUACUACUCUCCCCCUCCUCUCUUCUCCUGUCCUCUCCUCUCGCCAUGUCUGUAUCCGUGAGGAACCCACCCCAGCGCCGGCGCUCUCUGGGUCCCGUCUCGCCCAAACGUAUCUAUAGAAACCUGUCCGUCAGACUGAGGGGUGGAGAGUCGUCGGUCGGCGGGGAAACGGAUGCGCUCAAACACCUUGGAAAGUCCGCAGAAGCUUACAAGACCCUGUGGGAGGCAGUGGAAAAUGAGGACACUUUGGCUGUACAAAGCCUGCUGUCCAGAGACCACACCAACUGUGGAGGAGGAGCAGGAGGAGCAAGCUUGUGGGAGAGAGGAGAGAAGAAAGAGAAGGACUGGGAGAGAGAGAGGGAGAAGGGGGUGAACAGGGUGAGCGACCAGGGCCUGGUCCCCCUGGAUGUAGCUGCCCUUACCCACAACUCCCCUCUGCUCCAUGUGCUAACAAAGGCGGGAGCCAGACAUAACCCUGUUUUGUGCCGACCAGCAGAGUGGACACUCAAGCUGGAUGCUCUGGUGGAACUGGCGAGUAAACGUGUGGAGGAGAGGAAGAAGGAGUUAUUGAGGAAGGCAGGGGCAGGGCCUCAGGCACAGGCUGAUGUUCACAGACAGAUCCGCCUCUGGAGCCUCAGGCUGCAACUGUACUGCCGGAUGAAGCAUAACUUUCAAAAGACAGAGAUCCCUGGACCUCCCAGUCAUGUUUCCAUACUGGUGACCAGCACAUCCUCUCUGUUUGUGGUGAUCAAAGAACCAGAGAGUGACACCAUAGGACUCAUCACCCGCUAUAGAGUGGAAUGGAGCACCUCAUCCAGCUUCAAACGCAUCCUUUGCGAAGCCCAAGUUACAGAGACCAAGAACCCCUCCUAUAGCAUCAAGGGACUCACAGCAGGAGUCCAAUACUUUGUGAGAGUGAGUGCCUACAAUGUUAAAGGAUGGGGCCCGCCUCAGUGCUCUACUCCAGUCAGCGCUGCCCCCUCCAGUUGGAGAGAGUGCAUUGGUGUGAAGUCACAGCUCAGAAACCAGGAAGGCCUAGUGAGGAAACUGCUGGAAGAUGCAAGAGAACCACAUUACAGAGGAUUCUGCAUAGAGAGAUUGAAGCCCCAGAGUCCCAGCAAGCGUAUAUCUAUGUCUCGAGGCAUCAAACAACUGUUCCAGUCCGCCACUAAGUUUGUUCGUCUUCUACAGAGGGGAGUGUACUUGGCAACGGUGUUCUACCACAAGGAAAACAUCCUGUUGACAGCCGAAGAUCAACUCCCACUGGUGGAAAUCCAGUGCUGCUCCACCUCCAUCACCCAUGACUUCCUUUGGUUUGCCAAGUUGUCCUGUGCAUGGCAACAAGUGCCCUGGCUCCAGCAGGCCCUUUUCUCAGCACAUUCAUCUCCCUCCUCCCUCCUUCAGAACAGGCACAACAUUUUAAAGGCUGUUUCCCAGCUGCAGUCCUCCCUGGGAACAGUGGACCUAGGCCAGGUGUAUUAUGAACCUCUGAAAGACCGGCAGGGCAAUGUACUACUUGUGACUCUGAAGGAGUUCCCAAACCCUCCCAGCCCUCCUGACCCUCCGCUCCACUGGAUGCCCCUGUCUCGUCUGGAAAAGAACCGCAGCAGAACCCCUCGACUGCCUGAGCCCACUGCCAUGGACAUGCUCUAUGAGCAGCUCAAGGAGAAGAUGUCCUUCCACAGGCACAGCAUUCAGUGGACGCAGCCGGGUCUGUACGUGGGCAUCCUGAAACUUUGCAGCUCAGUGGAACAGAUCAGGGUCCUGGUUCCACAGAGGCUGCCCAAUCUGCUCUGCCACACACGAAUCCGACACAAUGCCCAUGUAUCCAGAGAGGAGUGGGAAUGGCUCCAGAGUCAUGUUUACACCACGGUCAAUGGCAGUGCUCAGAACCUGUUGAGUGGUGAGGACGAGAGCUUAAUAGAGAGCAGCGGGCUGGUGGACUUUGUCAGGUCUCUGAGAGCCGCAGUCACUCAUCUCCUGACGAAGCUCAACAUCCCCCUCUACAGGGCAUAUCAGUAUGGUGUGUACACCCGGGAGCUGGUGCAGUUUGGAGACAAGCUGUCCAUGCUGCUGCUGCUGCCUCCCAGUGAGGACUUCAGCUCCAGCUACUGGCCUCUGGUGGGAACCAAGGAGCCUGGCCUCACCAUGCCCCUGCAGAUCUUUGAGCUGGUUCACUUCUGGACAUACGAUCGGGACUUCCUGUCUCAGUACUGUCAGGCCUGGGUGAGGCUGGAACUGGACACUCAUCUGGCCCAGCAGGCUCUGCGGGAGGCGCUGGACACCAAGGAAGUGCAGGAAGCCAGAGAGCGCCUGAACCACGUCACUGAGCUCGCCCAGCGUCUGGAUGGGAUGUGGCGGGAUGCCCGCUGGAUUAUGGACUGUCUACAGUGUGUUCGGUCUAAACAGUGGGUGGGGGCGGUGCCUCUAGGCCUGGUAAUGGGAGGAGACCCACCACCACGUCCUGAUGGUGAGGAGGAAGAGGAGAGUUUGACUGCCAGACUGACAUGGCCACAUCGGAUGCAAUCUCAGAGAGCCAUCGCAGAAAGUUUAGCCAGUGUGACUCCACCAAAUGUUGUCACCACCGAGGUCCCCUCUCCAGCAGGAAUUGUGGUCGUCCCUGAGGAGACCGCACUGGAGUUAAUGGAAGGCGUCGCCAAGGGAGGGUACCCUGUUGACAUCAGCGCUCAAUCAACUUUGGAUCUGACGAGCGUUGGCCAAUCAGAAUUAGAAUGUGCAAGCACUUUAAUCGAAUCUGGACUGGAUCCUGCUGCUGUUGGGCAGUUGGAGUUGGAGGUGUCAUAUACAGUUUUGAAUGCACAGGACACCUACAGCGAACAACAAGACUUCCCUCCCAGCAUCACUGACGUAAUCCAGCCGAUGGAGAUGGCGGAGCUGGUGGAUAUUUUGCCAACGCUGAGUCUUAUUGAGGAGGAGAUCCCCAGUGGCCCAUCCACACCAUCAAUGAUGGAUAUGCUAGAGAGCUUUGGACUAGGCAUCGGGGAAAACAACACCUUCUUUGAUUUACAGAAUUCAGACUUGAACGACGAAGCUGGAAGUCUGUCUGAGCCCAACCUGCACUGUAACAACAGCAGCAGUGUGAAGGAUACACACUGUGAGAAGGAGGAGGAGUCACAUGGAGAAGCUACAUCUGCCUCUCAUACCCUGAGUGAUACAGGUGGUGACGUGCCUCGGUUGAGCUGGGAUUUUCCUCCAGAUGCAACAGAAACUCAGCAGGAGUCCAGCAAGGGAAAGAGCUUUCCAGUGAGGAACCAGGUGGAGUGGGACAGACCAUCUAACAGCUCAUCCUGA